UUAGUCCUUCACUUCUUCCCCAAACUUCAACUUCGCUCCCUAUUCCUUCCCUCCGUCCGUCCCCCAACUUUCUUCUCUCUCUCCAAAAUUUCCAAAACUGGUCCUCUCACUCCUUUAGCAAGCGAUGGAGAAGAAGCAAAGCAACAAUGGCAGAAGACCGGCGAAAAAGCUACCAAAAGAUAAAGUAUUCGGAGCAAACACAGUUCAUUUAUCAGAAAGCGAAGGAAAUAAUUUAGUUGGUGGAAUUGUGGAAAAGGGCGUUUCUGAUGAUUUCUUCUCAACUCCUCCUUCUACUGUUCCUUUUCCUUCUGUUCUUCCUUUUCCUGUCGCCCGCCAUCGUUCCCACGGCCCUCACUGGGCUCCAAAUGUGAGCCACUCUGCAGCCGUUAGCGGUAGGGUGGUCGUUGAUGAAUUUAAUGAAGAAAAUGAUGAUCCUAAGAAUUAUGAACCAAUAGCAAAUUUUGCUGAGCCUAUUGUAAAGAAAAAGAAGAAGGGACUUGAUUUAAGUCAAUGGAGGGAGUUGAUUCAAAGUAAUGACACUUCGGAAAUCCAUGAAAAGGACAUAAAUAGCAGUGUCAUAGAUGGUGUGGAACAGCAGAAGAUAAAUGGAGAUUCUAAAAUUUCUGAUGAGAAAAGCAUGGUAACUAGACCAUCUUCAAAAAUAAAUAACAGCGAUAAAUCAACAUCUUUACAGGGGGCUGCGGAGGUGGCUGUUGGCUCUACUACUGUCGUCAGAUCUGUAGGUAUGGAAUUUGAUAGAUUGAACGAACCAUCUUCAGCAAAAAGCAAUGUCAAUGAGGUUAGAACAGGACAUGAUCAGUCCAACAAUUCCAAAGGUUUUUCAGCCGUUCUGAAUGGUGGUGCUGAGAGAAGCAAUAUCCGGGAUGGAGCUCAUUUGGAGUGGUCUUCAUAUGAUGAUGCAGACAUGGGAUUGGAAAAAACUUCACCACUUGACAUGCUAGGCCUAAGGAGUCAGCACCCUUCAACAACCAUGGAACACAGCAGCAUAGGUCAUGAAGAAAGACUCACGAGUCUCGAGAGUCAGAUUGAUGCUGAAAACCAGGCCUUAUUACAAAGAAUGUCUCCGGAGGAAAUUGAAGAAGCACAGGCAGAGAUAAGAAACAGGAUAAAUCCUACACUGCUUAAGAUUUUGAAGAAAAGGGGGGUGCAAAAGUUGGAGAAUCUGGGCUCUAGCUCUAGUACAGGUGCUGGUGAUAUACCUGUUUUGGGUGUAAUUCAGGCUGAUAAACAUCUAACUGAAAAGGAGUCGUCAGUUAAAAGUGAUGUAUCUCCUUUAGUGGUUACUCCAAGCAAGCUGAAUAAAGAGGCAAAGAAAGAUGAAGGUGUCCAGAGUUCAUUGUCAAAAGGCAGCAACUUAUGGGACAUGUGGAGUAAACGGGUUGAGUCUGUAAGGACUCUUAGAUUUUCUUUUGACGGCAACGUCAUUGAAGAGAGUUCCUUGGAUCCAGCAUAUACUGCUGAUAAUGUUGCUGAACGUGAUUUCCUGAGAACGGAAGGGGACCCCGGUGCUGCUGGGUAUACUAUUAAAGAGGCGCUAGCUCUUACAAGGAGUGUUGUUCCUGGACAACGAGCUCUUGCAUUGCAUCUUCUUGAAUCUGUUCUUAGUAAGGCUUUGUUCAACAUUUGUGAAACUCGUGAUUGCUUUACAAUUAUCAGUAAUGAGAAGAACCUUGUUGACUGGGAGGCCAUUUGGGCAUAUGCAUUGGGUCCAGAACCUGAGCUUGUUUUAUCUUUGAGGUUGGCACUUGAUGAUAAUCAUCACUCUGUUGUUUUGGCUUCUGCCAAAGUAAUUCAAUGCAUCCUAACCUGUGACAUGAAUGAGAUCUUCUUCAACACCUUAGAGAAAAUGACAAUGAAGGAUCAAUAUACUGCUCCGGUAUUCCGUAGUAGACCUGACAUCAGACAUGGUUUUCUUGGUGGUGGUUUCUGGAAAUACAGUACUAAACCCUCAAAGAUUCUUUUCUCUGAUGAUGAAAUUAUAAACGACAAGACUGAAGAACAUACUAUUCAGGAUGACAAUGUUGUUGCCAGUCAGGAUGUUGCUGCAGGUCUGGUUAGAAUGGAGAUCCUACCCAGGCUUCUUUACCUUUUAGAGAUUGAACCAACGAUGGCCCUGGAGGAAUGCAUAUUAUCAAUACUUGUCGCAGUUGCUAGGCAUUCCCUGACAUGUGCAAAUGCAAUCUGGAAGUGUGAAAGGCUUGUUCAGACAAUUGUCAACAAAUUUACUAUGAAAGAUGCACUGGAGCUUCAGGCUUCUAAAAUAAAAUCUGUGGCUCUUCUAAGAGUUUUAGCUCAAUCAAGCAAGAGCACCUGUAUAGAGAUCAUCCAGAAUGGAUUUUUCCAAACUAUGACAUGGCAUCUGCAUCGAGUGGUGCAUUCAAUUGAUGAGUGGAUAAAAUCUGGGAAAGAAAAGUGUAAGCUAGCUUCAGAGUUGAUGGUAGAACAAUUACGCUUCUGGAAGGUCUGUGUUAUGUAUGGCCACUGCACAUCUUCUUUCACAGGAUUCUUUCCUGCAUUGUGCCUGUGGUUGAAUCCUCCGACAUUUGACAAACUCAUAGAGACAAAUGUCUUUCAUGAAUUCGUUUCCAUCAGUAUGGAAGUGUACCUUGUUUUGGAAACAUUAGCUACAAGGCUCCCAGAUUUGCAUUUCGCAGAAGACAAUCAUCAAGAUUUUCAGGGAAGUGGUGUAGAUAACUUAGAAACUUGGUGCUGGAGUGACGUUGGUCCAAUGGUCGAUAUGGCUUUGAAGUGGCUAGAAGUGAAGGCUGAUUCAACACUGUCAAAGGUCUUGUACCAGAAUAAUGGAGUUGAUGACAAAUGUGUGAAUCAUAAGCAUGUAUCUUCCUUGUUAUGGGUACAAUCUGCUGCUAUGCACAUGAUUAAUACUGUUCUUAUAAAAGCAACUCCUGGAGAUCUGCUUGAGCUGAAAGGCAGUGGACAGAAGUUGCCAGACUUUGUAGCUAAACUUUUGCUUCAAAUCAUUAAAAAUGGUAUUCUGAACAUUUCUGUUGAAUAUGCAAAAGAUCAAUUUGCACCGGGCUCUUUUGUUGAAAAGUUGUGUCAUUUAAGGCAUCAAUCAGAUUCUGAGAUGAAAAUAGCUUCUGUUUGCUGCCUUCGUGGAUUACUCCGAGUAAUAGUUUCCGCAGAUCACUUGAUUCGGCUCACUGGACACAAUGUUGGACAUAAAUAUUUUCAUGAACGUGAGUUAAUUAGAGACAGUAAGUUGCUUCAGGAUGGCAUAUUUAAAUGCUCUUCUGGUGAGUGGAGAAAAGUGAUUACUGAAUUUGUGAAAUUAGUCACUUCAGAAUGGAAAUUUGUGCACCACAUUGAGGCAUUUGGCAGGGGAGGUCCUGCUCCUGGGGUUGGAGUGGGAUGGGGAUCUUGCGGUGGUGGCUUUUGGUCCCUACCUAUUGCCUUGGUUCAAGCAGAUUCAAGAUUGCUUAUUGAGUUGCUUGGAACUUUCCAUUCAUCUUCCGGAGAUUUUCCUGAGGUAGAAGAGCAUAAUUUUAUGCUGCAGAACGUCAAUUCUGCCCUAGCAUUGAGUUUAGUGGCAGGACCAGGGGACGAUGUGAUUAUACAGAAUGUAUUGGAUUUCUUGAUGGAAACCUCUGUUCUCAAAUAUCUUGAUCAAUGUAGGGUCCAAUUUCUUAAUGGAGUAGAGACAUCAAAGUUGGACUUUAAAGACAGUGACUUCAUUCAAUUUGGCAAGAUUUUGACUUCUCACUUCAGAUAUAGGUGGUUGUCUCCAAAGAAAAAGAAGAAACCUGUAGCGAAGGAAGGCAAAAACAAUGGUCCGAGUGUGAACCCCCAGCAGCCAUAUAGCACUAAUAUUGUUAAACCGACCGGAAUUUCUCUAGAUACCAUUCCUGAAGAUAUGGAAACAUCAGUUAUUUCCGGGGGAAAUGGCAACUCUUUAAUGGUUGAGUGGGUUCGACAGCGGCUGCCUCUUCCCAGUCAUUGGUUGCUAAGUCCUAUAGUGACAAUUGGAGACAUGAAAUCCAGCAGUACUGCAAAUACUUCAGCUGGAAAUGAUCCAAUUGACUUUCACGAGGUUGCUAAAGCUGGGCUUUUCUUCCUGUUGGGUACUGAAGCAAUGUCCUCCAGGCUUUCUGAUGAAGACAACUCCCCUGUUCGGAGCAUUCCUUUAAUCUGGAAACUGCAUGGACUAUCUGUACCACUACUUGUAGGAAUGGAUGUACUCAAAGAUGAAAGCAGGUACAUGUAUGAAGCGUUGCAAAGCCUCUAUGGUCAACAACUAGAUGAGUUAUGGCUCGGUAGCACCAAACCUAUUGUUUCUAAGACUGAAACUUCUUCAAACUCUGACGUGGACAGGGUUAGUUGUCUGAAGUUUCAGUCUGAGAUUCAUGAAAACUAUUCCACAUUUAUUGAAACUCUUGUGGAGCAGUUUGCUGCAAUUUCAUAUGGUGAUGUGAUUUAUGGACGACAAAUUGCGAUAUAUCUUCACAGGCAGAUUGACGCUUCAAUUAGACUUGCCACUUGGAAUGCUCUAUCUAAUGCCAAUGCUCUUGAAUACCUGCCAUCUUUGAUCAACUGUAAAACUAAGGCCGAAGGAUAUCUUGAACCUAUUGAGGAAGAUGAAAGUAUUUUGGAAGCUUAUGUGAAAUCCUGGACUUCUGGUUCCCUUGAUAGAGCUGCAGCUCGGGACUCGAUGGCAUAUUCUAUUGCCGUACAUCAGCUUUCAUCUUUCAUUUUCAACAAUUCUUGGGUAGACAAAAUGUUGCUAAGAAAUAAACUUGUGAAAUCGCUGCUCAGGGACUAUUCACGCAAACAGCAACACGAGGCCAUGAUGUUGCAUUUGGUCCGGUACCAGCGCUCUUGUGCCUUUCAGAAGCCGGAGCAAAACACUUCUACUUCUAUACAGAUGGACUGCACGGUUUCAAGGUUGGAGCUGUUGAAAGAAUCUUGUGAAGGAAAUUUACAGCUCUUGACAAUAGUGGAGAAACUCAAAUCUUCCAUUUCAAAUAAGAAAAUCUGAAGUUUGCCUUAAAAACACAAAUACGAAUGUAACAAAAUUUUGGCUCACCGACUGUUCCUUGUUUCCUCUUGGGGAUCUUCGGAGGGUAACUGAGUACUACGGAGUAUAACAUUUGGAAUUAUUUCAGUUAUAAUCAUGUACAGGGAUUUCAGUUCUCAUUUGACGUAGGGAUAGUGCAGCUUACCUGAGGUAACUGGUGGUGAAUUCUAUUCACUAUUCAGAUAUGCUCAUGUCAGUCAUUGAACACCGGGCGAUCUGAGAAAGCAAGAUGCAGAAGAUAUUAUUCGCAUCAUUGUACACUUAUUUCUGCUGGUUAAAUUUUGUAGCUCAUGUAAAUAGCAAACAGAAUUACUUGUAAUUCCCUGAUUAAGUAAUAGCAGGCUUGAUUGAACGUUUUGUUUGUUCUUUCCACAGCAAGUCUGAUGACAUAACAUUUCACUAUUUGUCUAUGUUAUAGUAGUACAUGAUCAUUGGCCUUCUCA